AAUAAAUAUCUCCAUUAUACUUCAGCGAGUAAUGACUGAGAACGUUUAUUACAUUACUUUUAUGCAUAUCAAAGAAGAGUAUUUAAAUUCAAGGACGAAACAUUUUGCUAUGAACAAGUAACAAUUUAACUGUUCUUUCAAAUAAAUCUCUUUUGUUUUCCUUCUAAAUGGUACAACGGGUACAAGGUGCAAGGUACAAAUCAGUACAAUUGAGUACCAUUGUGUACAAUUAGGAAAUGUUUAGAUUGAAUGUAAAUAUCAAUGACGAUGCAUUAUAGCCUAUAGACGUUUUCGAAAUAGGGCGAUUACAGUCAAGGAUAUUUAAUACGAUAUUUCGCGAUGCGUGAAAACAUUUGUUGAAAUUGUGAUAAAGAUUUCUCUAUCCAGCUGUUUUGAAGUUGUGAAAGUACAGUAAUACUUACAACUACUCUGUAACCAUAAAUUAAUUCAAAGGUUUGAUAGUUGUGUAUUAAAUAAUAGUUAAGGAUAGUGAAUCUACAAUAGGACGAAUCAUGUUUGCAGUAAGAAGGAUAUUUAACCGUAUGCAGAUGCCCCUAUAUAAAAGUUAUACAACAAAUUCGAAACUCGUUGAAGUAACACAUGAAGAUGCUACAGGUAUUACUACAAUAUCAAUGGCACGUCCACCUGUAAACUGUUUAGAUAAAGCACUAGCAGAUGCUUUGACGACAUCAUUAAUGGAAGCCCAGAAAAACCAGUCCAAAGGGGUUAUACUGACAUCUUCAUUGCCAAGUGUGUUCUCUGCAGGAUUUGACAUAAUGGAGAUGUAUAAUCGUAGUGAAAAAUACCUAACCGAGUAUUGGACCCUACUGCAGGAUAUGUGGUUAACUUUGUAUGGCUUAGAAAUACCUGUAGCUGCUGCUAUUAAUGGUGCCAGUCCUGCUGGAGGUUGUAUGUUAGCAAUUUCUUGCGAAUAUAGAGUUUUAGUCGAAGGGAAACAUACCAUAGGAUUAAAUGAAACAAAAUUGGGAAUGUCUGCACCAAUAUGGAUUAAAAAUCCUUAUAUUGAUACAAUAGGAUAUCGUAAAGCUGAAUUAGCACUAUUAAAGGGAACUCUAUUCCAACCCAAAGAAGCACUAGAAAUUGGACUCGUAGACGAGUUGGUUGCAGAUAAAACAAGUGCAAUCAAAAAGUGUGAAGAAUAUAUAACAAGUUUUAAAAAAAUACCUGCUCUAGGUCUACGUACAACGAAAAAGGUAUUGCGAACAAAUAAUUUGCUUUGGUUAAAAGAAAAUCGAAAGACUGAUCUAAAUAACUUUUUGGCACUUAUUCAAGUACCAUCAGUGCAAGCAGGACUUAAGUUGUAUAUUGAAUCUUUAAAGGAAAAAUGAUAAGUAUCUUUUACAAUAAUACAAUUUUGAUACAUAUUAAUUUGAAAAAAAUUUUUAAUUGUUACACAAAUAUUUGUAAAUUAUAACGUUUUAUAU